ACCUGCUUGACCAUGCGUAGAGAUAAAUGUCAAAAUUUCUGUCUGUGUUUAUUCAAAAAACGUCUGGCUCUCUUCAAGCAAAACACACAAUAUUCACAAUGUCUAAAAGAAGUGCUUUUCAUAGAACACCAAAAUUUAAACCUGAAGUGAAGACUUUAAGUAAUAGGUCAAAACAGUCAGUGUUAAUGUUUAGCAGAAAAGAGAAAGUCGAGGUUCUACCAGAACCCAUCAAAUCGGAGUCAGAUAAAAAAAAUUAUAAAACAAUAAGACUUGAAAAUGGUCUCACAGCUCUAUUAAUAUCUGAUCCGAGCCGCCCUGCCGUAAAUGACGAGUCCAGCUCUAGUGAAGAGGAGAGCAGUGGCUCUGAUGAAACUACAGAGCCAGAGAGUGAUGGUGGAGGAUCUGUUCAUUCAGCAGCUAGUGAUCAUCAUGGUAGCACAAGGAGAAGUGAAUUUGAUGAAGAGAAAUUGGCUGCAUGUGCUCUGUCCGUCGGUGUGGGAAGUUUCAGCGAUCCACCAGACAUCCAGGGGUUGGCUCACUUUGUAGAGCACAUGGUGUUCAUGGGCAGCGAGAAAUAUCCUAAAGAGAAUGAAUUCGACGCAUUUAUUAAAAAAAAAGGCGGUUCCGAUAACGCAUUCACCGGCAGCGAGGAGACCACCUUCUACUUUGAGAUACAGGAAAAAUAUUUGCCCCAGGCGAUGGACAUGUUCAGUCAGUUCUUUGUCAGUCCGCUCAUGAUGAAAGAAGCGAUGCAGCGCGAGCGGGAAGCCAUCGAGUCUGAAUUCUCACUGGCAUUUCCAUCUGAUUCAAACCGUAAGGAUCAGUUGCUCUCAAGCCUGUUCCCCGAAGGCCAUCCGAUGCGUACCUUCACAUGGGGCAACUUACGCAGUCUGCGGGAUAAUAUCAAUGACGAUGAGAAACUAUAUCAAGCUGCUCAUGAGUUCCGCAGAAGGCAUUAUAGCGCGCACAGGAUGACUGUGGCGGUACAGGCGCGCAUGGAACUUUCAGCAUUAGAGCAGUACGUAGUGAACACGUUCGGCAGGAUUCCAAACAAUAAAUUACCCUCCGACGACUUCACUCCAUAUGCUUUUCAGUUGGAUAAAAUCACCCCAGAGUUCAAGAGCAUGUAUUUUAUCAAGCCUGUUAGUGACGUCACCGAGGUCCAUCUAACUUGGUGCAUGCGGUCUUUGAUAUCAGAGUACGAAUCCAAACCGCACCAGUACAUUUCAUAUCUUCUUGGCCACGAAGGAAAAGGCAGUUUACUGUCAUAUCUUAGGAAAAAGGUAUGGGCGCUAGAUAUAUACACAGGCACGUCGGAGAACGGGUAUGACUACACAACCAUGCACAGUCUGUUCCCAAUACAAAUCGUCCUCACGCAAGACGGGCUCGACAAUAUAGAAGAGGUUUUAGAAGCAAUAUUCUCAUACAUAAGUAUGCUUAAGCAAUUGGGACCAUCGGAACGGAUAUAUGAAGAAAUAAAGACAAUAGAGGAGACAAGUUUCCGUUUUGAGGAGGAGACACAACCAUCGGACUAUGUGGAGUCGUUAGUGGAAAAUAUGCGUUUCUAUCCCCCGGAGCAUUACAUCACUGGCGAUAGACUUUAUUACAAGUAUGACCCCAAGGGUAUCAGCGAACUGUUAGAUUGCAUGCGACCUGAGCUGGUUAAUAUAAUGGUCCUGUCAAAUAAGCACUCCGACCCAGUAGAGUACGACGCGAAGGAGCAGUGGUUCGGUACUGAAUACAGGCGACAAGAAAUACCUGAAAACUGGCUACAACGGUGGAUGAAAGUGGAACCAUACCCCGAUUUCCACCUUCCCGAGAAAAACAUCUACAUAACCACCAACUUCGAUCUGAUUCCACCCGCCCAAGAGUACCUAGAUGAAGCGGAUCGCUUGGGUAUUGACCUCAGCAAUAGUACCGUGAAAGACAUACACAAGAAGGUGGCGGGCAGUACUCACGAGACAAAGGUCUUGAAGCGUGGGGAUCUUAUAGCCACUGUUAAUAAUUUCAGGUUAGACCAGCCGAACUUAAUACGCAAGAAUCGUCACAUGGAAUUGUGGUACAAACCUGACUUCAAGUUCCGGUUUCCGACCGCGCUGCUGUACUUCUACUUUAUAACGCCGCUGAGCCUCAAAUCACCCAGGGAAUCAUGUCUUCUAGACUUAUGGACAGACGUGUUACAUCAAGGAUUGAAGGAAGAAGUGUAUCCAGCGAGUAUGGCGGACCUAUCACAUUCACUGUACCUAGUCGACAAAGGGUUGACCUUAAAAGUUAGCGGGUACAAUCAGAACCUUCACCUGCUGGUGGAACUGAUAUCGCGCGAGUUGGGCGCGGCGGCGACCAGCACUGUACCAGUCGCGCUGUUCGACGCGGUGCGGGAGGCUCGCGCGCGCUCGUACCACAACGCACUCAUCAAGCCGCACAAGCUCGCCAAAGACGUUCGCAUGAACAUUCUAUUGGAGCCGUACAUAUCGCCACGUGACAAGGCUAUGGAGAUACAGAACAUCACGCUGGACGAUCUGCAAGACUUCAGUAAGAGACUGCUCAAAAAGAUGUACUUACAAGUAUUGGUGCAAGGCAACCUGCCAUGGUAUGAAGCCAUCAAGAUAUCAGAGAACGUGUGGAACAAUAUCAAAUGGGAUGGACUUUCAGAAGCAGAAAUACCAAAAUUGUUAGUACACCAGUUGCCGCUGGGUGAACGCAAGAUCCGCAUUUUGAAUCUGAACCCGCAGUCUGCGAACAGUAUCGUCACCAACUACUACCAGGCCGAGUUGGCGACUCCGAAGGACACCGCCACGCUAGAAGUCCUCAUGAUGAUGAUGGAGGAGCCGGUGUUCAAUAUACUUCGCACCAAAGAGCAGCUCGGUUAUUCUGUGUUCAGCCGUAUGCGGUACACGUUCGGCGUGCUCGGCUUCUCUGUCACUGUCAACACUCAGGUUGACAAGUUCAGUGUGUCCCACGUGGAUACACGAGUGGAAGCGUUUUUGAAGAAGUUCGCGCGCGACAUGCGCCGCCUGAGCGAGAAGACUCUGCAGACCACUAAGACGUCUCUCGUCCAGCUCAAACACACCACCGAUUACGAGCUCAAAGAGGAGGUGGAAAGAAAUUGGAGAGAAAUUGUGAGCAGAGAAUAUCAAUUCCAAAGGUUAUUCAUGGAGGCUGAGGCGAUAGAAAAAACUAAGCUGUCUGAUAUAAGGAGCUGGGUAGAUAAUCAUUUCUCGACAGGCAACCGGACGCAGUUCAGAAAAUUGUCAAUUCAGAUAAUGGGCCACAAAACAAAUGAGAGCACCACAACCAUUAACGACAAUGAACCUAAAGACUACGCGCUCACGUAUUUGGACGCGAAUGACCCCAUCGGUGACACCACGGAGAACAACACUGACUUCAUAAAAGACAUACAGAGCUUUAAGAAAGAUUUGCCUAUACUAGCCGUCCCCGAAAUAGAGUUAGCCCAGUGUUAGAAUUAAAAUCAUCGUGUGAUAAAAUAGCUAAAAUAUUAUAGAUAGAUACUAUUUGACAAUUUUAAAUUUAAAUAUAUUUAUUUAGUUUAUAUAAUUUAAGUUUUCAUCUUUGAUUCAAUAUUGACGUUGUUGCUAAACUGAAUUUAUUGUUCUUUAUAUUACAUAUUGUUACUCUUCUAAACAGUUCACAUUAUGUUUGUGUCGUGUACUUCACGUUUGGAUUUAAUGUAAUAAAAACGAACAAAUGAUCUUUAUAGAGAACAAAUUCAUAAUGACAUAUUUAUUUUGACUUUUAUUUUACAUAAAUUUGAUUUCAGCUACAACUACGGACGAAUUAUUACUUUUAACUAUAUAUAAUAUAUAGAUAUAUGUUGUUAUCUAGUGAUUUGAUGUUAGUAUUAAUAUACCGUUAAAAAGGUGUAAAAUUUAUACUCCUGAUGACAUGAUUAUUAUAAUAAAAUCAAUAUUGUUCACAAAAUAUUUUUUAUUUUCUAUUGUA